CAGAAAACCCUCUGCGCUGUAUCCAUGUGUCCUCUACCCUCCCUUCAACUCACCACCUCCCUCUGCAUAUGAGGGUGUCCUACACACACACACCCACCACCACCACCACCCCUCGCUCUUAGACACACUUUUCUGUCUGACACUCUCUCUCAGGACUCCCCUGUGAGCAAAGCGAGCCCGCCAGGCAGGCAGGUAAACUCAGCACUGGAUCAGGGUGAGAUGCUGAGAGGAGAGAAGGGAGAGGGCAAUGUGUGAGUUGUAUUUGUGUGUGUGCGUGCGUGUGUGUGUGUGCGUGCGUGUGUGUGUGCCACUGCUGCUGCAUCGCUGAGCUACUGAGACCGGAGGCAAGGCGAGCUGGAGCGUUUGUCCUUGAGACUGACUGACUGACUGACUGCAGCUGUAGAGCGGAGGAGCAGCCGACCAGCCGGUGGAUGAAACUGACGACGCCUGGGCAGGAUGUCAGUGAGGGGCUUGGACCCCACCUGUCCCUCCUCAAUAAAGUGUGAGCCCUCCAGCCCCAGUCCCAGCUCGCAGGGAGACGUCAGCCCGGCUCAGCCCAGCCCCGGGAGCUCGUCCUCGGACACAAACUCGAGCUUCGGGCCCCUGACAAAGGGCCACGGUCACAUCAAUGGGCUGGACUCGCCGGGCCUCUACGCUCACACGGCGGUGUUGCCCAACAAUGGAGGAGCGAACAGGAGGUUUGUUGAGGAAGAAGGCCAAGUGAAGUGUGAGUUCAUGCUGGGCUCGGUGGCCAAGCGGCUCUGUCUGGUGUGCGGUGAUGUGGCCUCAGGUUACCACUACGGCGUGGCCUCCUGUGAGGCCUGCAAGGCCUUCUUCAAGAGGACCAUCCAGGGUAACAUCGAUUACAGCUGCCCGGCGUCCAACGAGUGUGAAAUCACCAAGAGGAGAAGGAAAUCCUGUCAGGCCUGUCGAUUUGUGAAAUGUCUGGCCGUGGGCAUGUUGAGAGAAGGUGUUCGUCUGGACCGGGUCCGCGGCGGCCGACAGAAGUACAAGAGGAGAAUAGAUGCUGAGAACAGCCCUUAUCUGCACCCGCAGAAUGCCUUGCCCCAGAAAAAAACAUUCUCUGUUGGCGGCGUGGUGGAGAACAAAGUGGUGUCCCUGCUGCUGGUGGCCGAGCCCGAGGGCAUCUUCGCCAUGCCGGACCCCACCGUGCCCGAGAGCGACAUCAAGGCCCUGACCACCCUGUGCGACCUGGCCGACAGGGAGCUGGUGGUCAACAUAGGCUGGGCCAAGCACAUCCCCGGCUUCCCUUCCCUCUCACUGGCAGACCAGAUGAGUCUCCUGCAGAGUGGCUGGAUGGAGAUCUUGAUCCUGCGAGUGGUGUUCCGCUCGCUGGCCUUGGAGGACAAGCUGGUGUACGCCGAGGACUACGUCAUGGACGAGGAGCAGUCGAAGCUGGCCGGGCUGCUCGACCUCAACAAUGCCAUCCUCCAGCUGGUGAAGAAGUUCAAGACCAUGGGGCUGGAGAAGGAGGAGUUUGUGGUGCUCAAGGCCAUCGCGCUCGCCAACUCAGACUCCAUGCAAAUCGAGGACUCGGCGGCAGUUCAGAGACUCCAGGACGUCCUUCACGGGGCCCUCCAGGAUCACGAGGCCGCCCACCACCCGGAGGACCCCCGGCGUGCCGGCAAACUGAUCAUGAACCUCCCCCUCCUCCGUCAGACGGCCGCUCGCGCCGUCCAGCACUUCUGCAGCAUCAAGCAGGACGGCCGCGUGCCCAUGCACAAACUGUUCCUUGAACUGCUGGAGGCCAAAGCCUGACCCGGCCACAGAUCGGCUUCACCCUGACCUCGGGUGCAGAGGUUGGGAUGAGGGGAAGUGAAGGAUAACGGGUGGUGCUGGGGUAUGACGCCGUGUAUUUGUCCAUUUCAGCUUGCAUUUGACGGUAGCGUUUUGAAUUCGCAGAAGCAGCUGGGAUAUUUUUUUAGAGCCGCAGCCCCUCCUGCUUCCAAUGAACAUUUGGACGAGACUGUCAUAUUUGCAUUUAGUGUCUUUGACGCCAUAGACAUUGUCAUCUGUCCUGUUUUGCGAGACUAAUUAAAGCGUGUUGACCGGCGUCGAAAGCUGGAGACACAUGACCAGACAGUGUAAGAGCAGAAGAAAUCGCCUUCUAGAGAUAUUUACAGUUACAUGCCAAAAGUAGAGCUUCGUUCGUCAAAAAGACCACCUGAUACUUGAAGAUCCUCGCGGAUUAUUUCAUCCAUCUUGAAGCCUGUUAAUAUGCGUUCUAGUGCAUUUAGAGAGGGGUUUUUUUUUCAUGAUCUGAGUUCAUUUGACCCUUUUUUAUAGAAAAGGUGAACAUGUCCUCAGAGGUACAGUAAAGUCUUGCCAAAGAGUAAAGACUCAUAUUAUCGAAUAAUACCAGCAAAUGUCCACAGCAUUAUAAUGUGGCCUGUAAGACAUUCACGUAACCUGCAUCCCUGCUCUGUUGUGCAUUGCAAAAAUAUCGAUUCUAGUCAAUACAUACAUAUAAAGACGAUCAAAGGGAAGCGAUUAAGUUAUCAGCAGCUCAUAAGACAAUAAUCGGCCUCCUGAUUUUAGAAGAAAAUUUCAGGGAAAGAGUACGAAACAUGUCAUGAUACAACUGUACUGCAGCAAUGUUUUAUUUAUUUAAAAGUGGCUCUGUUUUGUUUUGGGGUUUUUUUGUUGCUGUUUUUUAUUUACUAAUGUGGCAUUAAUGAAGAUUAGAUUAAAGCAAUUACAGUGGAUAAUGAUUUUUUAAAGAUUUUUAAAUAAUAUCGUUGUAAGAUAAUAAUUUUUUUUUUUACUAGCUUCUCUGCUACAGCACUGAUACCUAUGUAUACCAUAUCAUUAAAACUCCAGACAACAUGAUUAUAAGUGGAGUCUGUACUUGAACUUGAAGAUCCAUAAUGUUGUAGCGAUGUGUAGACCCAUAGAUAUAACUUUAACGAUGUAAAAAAUGGCUGCCAUACUGUAUAAUCUGGAUUCGGGAGGCGCUUGGUGUCUUUUCUAUGGUAGAAAAAUCUAUGUGUAGGAUGAAAUUUGUGCACUACUUUUUGCUUUUAGCCAUAGCGUUUGGGGAAUCCUGGUGAUGGCGCUCUGUUAAUCUUGUGUGUUUUGUGUAAAGAGUAGCUCUAUAUGAAAUUUCCUGCACAUAUUAAAUGAAGGGACUAAACUUGGAAGGAAGGAAUAUCAGUACAAUUAACGAAUAGCUGCGCCCCUUAUUUUACUCCUCAAAGCAGCAAAGUACUGUGACACUAUAAUGUGCAUAUUUUUGUGAAAAGAUGAGGGCAUCGUCAUGGCGGGUUUCAAAUGUAUACGUUCUGUACAUUUUUUUGGCUGUAUUUACGUAAUGUCCUAUGCCAACAGAGAGAUGUCUAAAGAUGCGAAUAAGCUUUGUUUGGAUGAGUUGUGCCGUGCUAUUUCAUUCUCAGGUGGAUUCUUGGGCAAUAAAGACGUUCCCCAUAAUGCAAAGCUCAUAA